UUUAAAACAAAACAUCACGGCUCACCGAAAAAAAAAAAAAAAAAACACUUCCUCAUUGUCCUUCGAAGCCGUCCAGCUAAAAGUCAUCAUUCAUYAACAUAAUUUGUUUUGUUUCAAUUUAAACCCCCCAAAAAAGAAGGUACUAUUUUCCUAAGCUUCCAACAAAGAGCAAGAAACAUUCAAAACUAAUAAGAUUAACAUCUUGGUGCUCAUUUCAUUGUUUGUGUAAUCCCAUUGUCUGUGUGUAGGGAGGAAAAGAAAAAAAGGAAAAGUACUGAAUCCAUUUCUGUGCUGUGAUUUAUUGUCUGGUUAGGAACAGAAUGAAUGCACCAGUCAGUCAUUGCCUUCUGCUAACCGCAAAUCUCAGAAYCAGUGGCAGAGAGGGCACCCCAUGAGAGAAUAAACUGACGCUGAAUAUAUGUCUGUCUUAUCUUCCAGGUGACUGCUGCCAACAGAGGAGGGCUAAACUAAAAAAUUCUGCCACUGCUUGRAAUCCUUGCUCUGAAUAUCAAUACAGGAAAAAGACUAUUUGUAUCCAGUGAGUGUGGACUUUAAAGAUAAUSCCUCAAAGGAAACAGAGCUGAGUUGACUUUUUAUAUCGGUGCAGAUGAAACUUAAAUACUCUGGGUUUACUGAAGAAUUUUUGGAUUUUUGGUAAAAUAUUUACCACCACCUCCAGCCACAUGUGAGAUKGAGCAGAUCUUCUAAAAAAGACUCCUGGAAUUUUUCCUCUUCUUCAAAACGUUAGAAAAGACCAACRUCAUCGGUGGAUUCGUUUUUUUUUCCGGUUGCGGCAUCAUCCAUAUCYCGCAAACGGGGACUGGCGGCAGGAUGCCAGAGUUGGACAACUUUCCUCCCAUGAAUGGAGCCAGAAGCCCWGAUCUGGGUCUGAAUGGUCCGGCAGACCCGGCCCAGAUUCAGCACAGCAUCCUGGAGGAGCAGGUCGAGCUGUGGUGGUUCCGAGAUCCCGGGAAGUCGGUGCUUUGCUACUGCGUCGCCGUCCUUCUGAUCCUGGGAUGCGGCCUCGGYGGCGUCGGGCUCCUCUCCACCACCACCAGCGUGUCGAGCGAGUGGAGGCUGGGGGUGGGCACGGCCCUGUGCCUGCUGGCCCUGGGGGUCCUGCUCAAGCAGCUCCUCAGCUCGGCCGUGCAGGACAUGAACUGCGUCCGGAGCCGGCGGCAGAUAGACUUGCUGAAGAGCGGGGGCUCGUCGGACGUUCUGGUGGUUUUGAUCACGGGGGCGUCGCUGUUGAUCUGCGGCGGGGUCCUCCUCCAUUUGGCCCUGGCUAACCACAUGCCGAAGCCUGGCCAAGCUCUCAACGACAUGUACGUCUCUGGGGUCGUUUUGYUGGCAGGAGGGGGGGCAGCCGUCGUGGGCGUCGGGGUCUACUUUGUCGUGGCUGUUCUGCUCGAGAGGACGAGGUCCGGGCGGAGGCUYGUAGGCCGAGUUUUCAACAUCUUCACCGUUUCGGGACACAUCGAGCGCCAGGGUCGCAGAGAGACCGCCUCCAGCUUGGCUAACCUUAUCUGAGACUACAGCUGAGCGUUUGAACCCUGGAUCUGCCUAAUUAAAGCAAAGUUUAAGCCCAAACAUAAAAAAAAAGGAUUCAAGUUAUACCAAACAUGCCUCACCUGGUUAAGGCUGUGCACGAGAUAAAAUGGAAUCUGUUUACUGGCUGGGCGUGACAGCUGUUGGUUUUCAGAUAUCUGACACGGAGCAGGAAGAUAACAAAGUGACAUAAAAGCACAGAUUUUUUUAUUAUUCUAAAUAAUAACCAUGUUAUUUUAGAAAUGAAUUUGAUCUCAGAUAUGAUUAAGAAUUUUGCUAAAGUACAAAAUGAACUGUGUGUCUUUUUUUAUUUAAAAAAAAAAAGAACCAGCCGCCAACAACAGAUCUUGUCUUAAAACAUCAGGUUGUUUAAGGUUCCUUUUUUAUUGUGCCGGUGGAAGAAUUUAAUAUAUGCUAUUCACAUCCAUCAGCAGCCUGUCUUUUCAAAGUGUCCUUGGUCUACACAUCUGAUCACUACUUACUCAACGAUUGUAAGAUGUUCUUAAUAAAAGCUGAAAUACGAAAUGACAUAAUGACAGAACUGGUAAUUUGGGGGAAAUCAAAAUAUAAGAUCUUUGAAAUUUGUUUCCCCAAACCUCCCUUUUCUUUAUUUACACAAUUUUUUUUAAUUAUCUGUUAAAUUGUUCCGUUUCAUAAUAAACAUCCAUCAAUGCACUUUUUGGGUUGCAGGAGACAUGCAAAAUGUUGUGUCAUAACAUGGUAUUUUAGGUUGAGGCAAAAUACGAUUGUUGGACAAUUAGUCUGUAUUGACACUGCAGAAUGUAAAGAUAAUUAUGUUUUUUAUGUUUGCAUMAAUACAAUGUUCCUAUUGUUGUGAACCUCCUGAUUUUUUUUAAAUCAGUGUUUAUCCUUUUUUUGCUGCAAGCACUUCAUCAAAUUCCUAUUUAAUUAAAAAUUAUCACUCAGUUUGAAAGUGAAGAAAGAACCAAAUCCCCCCAAUCUCCUCUCAUUCUUGUUGUUCUCAUCCUCUGUUGUCACAUUACAAGAAAAUCCCCAAGGGAAAAACUAGCAAACAUCUUUURAUUUAAGCAAUUAUCUUUUGAUAUUGAGAAGAAAAGUGGGAGAAAUCAAUAAAAGCAAUAUAAAAGCUUC